AUGGAACUCAUUAAACGGAGAGGUCAGCCUUCGUUUGUUGUCGAAAACCUGCUGGCUCACCUCCAGGUCCACGAAAAGAAGUCUGGCGCAACCGACGUCAAUUGUGAGCUUUGUGGAGAGAAAACGACGAUUAGCAAAAUGCGUGUUCACGUCGGAAAGCACAUACUAUACAGUAUGCGGCGGCGACCAGAUGUUGAAUUGAAAUCGAUGGGCGCUUCACCUUGUGGGUUUUGCGGUCUUGACUCGGGUUGUCAAACACAACUCACCUUCAAGAAAAAUGGCGUGGCCGUGAUUAAAUCAACUUGCCCAUUUCACUACGAAAAGAUGCAGUACAAGGCUGCUCUCGAACCCACAAAAGCCAGCCCAUGCACGAAUAUUCCCAUUCAUUGCCGGUUGUGUGCUCCUCUUAAAGUCUCAGGUUAA